UUAACUACCACAGUAUAAAAGGACUAAAAAAAAGACAUAUUUUUAAAUAUAUGUAUUAAACAUUUCAAGCAGAUUGUUGGGGUUUUGACGACUGAAUAAAUUCCUCUGUAUCAAUAUGAACAUCACGGCUUUGGAAUGGAAUGAUGAAAUAGUGAAAAGUCUUAUAGCAAACAUUGUCUUACUUUCUAUGUAUAUCAUGACUGGAAUAUUUGGAAACAGUCUUGUUUUGAUCGUGUAUGCACUUCGUAUGAAGGACCUAUCAGAUGAAAGAUAUUUCAUACCAAUUUUAGCUGUUUUUGACAUGCUAGCAGCUGUAUAUCUUGGAUCUUUUGCAAUUUAUGAGUGUCUAAAUCAAGUAACUUUUUCAAACAGUAUAGCCUGCAAGAUUGCAGAGUUUUUUGCUGGAUUUACUACUUUCGUUCCAAUAUUUAUUCUGCUUAUUAUAGCAAUUCAGCGAUAUUUGAAAGUGUGUCAUCCUCUAAAAUCCCCUAUGCAACGUUCGUUAAAAAGAGUUUUAUUGUGUCUCGCAAAUUUGUGUUCAUUUUUUAUUGCACUGCCUAUACCGUUUGUGUUUGAUACGAAUCCCUUUUACAGCUCUGAUUAUGGUGUAAUAGGAAUGCACUGUGGAGGAGUUAAAGAUGGUAAAACAAUAGUCCGGAUUGUAUACUCCAUUGUAUUGGGGACGUUUGCUAUUGGUGUAACAUCCACACUUAUCAUUUUAUACUCUAGAAUCGCGUACACAAUAUUUCAUCAGCUAAAAGUAAAUGGACAUAAGGGCAAACAUACGCAAAACGAUGUAGACUUAGAAGGAAAGACAAUUUCGAGCGAUAUCAGUGCUACGUCUCUUAGUGGAGAUUUACAAUUAAUCAGACCUGAAAAACGUCAACUACCUUCAACCGUUAUCGAUGGUCCAAAAUAUUGUGAUGCAAAGCAUGAUAUGAAAACCUCGACGGGGGACAUUGCCAAGCAGAGUGGAUCCCAAAGAAGACAGAAAAUUAAUCGUCGAAUUACCCAUAAUAUAACUAUAAUGUUUCUCGUCAUAACCUCGAUAUUUUUACUUUGUUAUAUAUCAAAGGUAACAGUACUUAUUAUUGAAGGAAUAAACAAGAAUUUUUGGGGGGAAAUGUCAACAGCGAAAAGAUCAGGUGUGUUGUUUGUAUCGGAUAUGUUCAUAAUCAACAACAUUGUGAACCCGUUCAUCUAUGCUUUUAUGGAUACCAAAUUUCGAAACGAAUCCAAAACAUUUUUGAAACGUGUGUUUAAGUUUAACUCAUGUUAA